UUGCGGGAAAGUGGAGAGCUACUGCUGCAGUAGGAACAACCGCAGCAGCAGCCGAGUCGAUAAACCAACAUGUUUUCCAACCCGCAGGAGCUUCGCGAGCGCGCGAUGCGGGCCCAGCAGGGAAAGAAAGACGACACUACUUCCUUGGAGUCUAAGCCGAGCGCGGAGGAGGCCUCAGCGCAAAUUAUCUUGGACUAGCCUGUCAGGGAAUGUGUUUUCGACGCAUCCGACUACUACUAUAUACUUUCCCGCAUUCCCUUCACCCUUGGUCAUCCGUGAUCGCCAUUCGGCAGACAGAGUAAAUAUAUUUAUUUCUGGAAUCAAUCGCGGUAAAAUACCUGAAGCAAUAUAAAUGCGCCUCCAACAGCCCCUCCCUGCUGUAGCAGUGUCAAACCCAUCAGAACACCAAACCAAUUGCUGUCAGUGCCUCUAGAAUCAUGGACACAUUCCAUCCCUCCCCCAUAAUUAAUUGUCGAUGCAACGAAAAAUAGCAAUUAAUUUCAAUCAAAACAAUCAACAGCCAUAGCAGUGCGGGCUACUAGGCUGUUGCUGUAAAAUGGAACACCGCUGGCAUACCACGUAAUGGCCACUGAACCAAACAGCAGGGUUGCCCUGUUUUCUGCAAAAAAACGCACAAACGUGAAGAAAAAAAUUCAAGCCAAAGCCAUGGCACACAUUCAAUUCCAACAGGAAUAAAAAUUCGCACAGGCACUUGUGACUUCCGUAGAAUUCACCUGAAAAUGCAUACCAAACGAAACAGAAAAAUAGCAGCAACAAAUAAGAAAGCACCUCGAAUACGAUACAUCGGACUCAUAUCCAAGACACCACAAACCACAAACACACACCAUGGGCAAAACAGCGAAUUCGCGUACUCCCGUACUACUACUCUCCGCGCCCUCUAUUGUACUUGAGAAGGGCAGCUGCGGCAAUGCGAUCGCUGAAGCUCGACUCCUGCCUCUGGUCCAUACACGCACGCACAAUAGAAAAUACUCGCUCCAUGAAGGCAGAGGAUGGCU